AUGGCGACCCUUGCGGCAACUGCUGCACCCUCGGUGACGCCGUCCCUCGCACUCCCACCUUCUCAAUUCGCUCGCCUUCAGCCUCACACCUACCUUCUUGCCCACCUCUCCCCUCCUCCAGCAAGCAACCAGCCCUCCAUCCGCGCCAAUGGCCGCGCCCCCUCCCAAUUUAGAGUCACGUCCGCCAAUGCUGGCUCUUUGACGCACACGAACGGCAGCGCUGUGGUGCGUGUCGGUGAUACGACCGCUGUCUGCGGUGUCCGCGCCGAGAUCCUGCACACAGAUGAUAUCGCCUCGUGGAGUGUAUCCUCCUCGUCGGCUACAAACUCAAACAAGCGCCGCCGACUGGCCAACCUCGGCGAGAAGCCAACAGAGGAAGAUGAGGAAGACAAGGAAGAUGCCGGCUUUGAGGAUGAAGAGGACCGUGCCCACAUGCAAGACUUGAACUUGCUCGUCCCAAACCUUUCCUUGAGCACCGGAUGUGCGCCGGGCUUCACUCCUGGCGCCCCUCCUUCUGCGCUUGCUCAAUCACUCUCUCAUCAGAUCCUUUCUCUCUUGCACAGCACACGCCUCGUUCGGGCAGACGACUUGCGCAUUUGGUACCAGCCGCCGAAUCUCGGCCCAGAGGACUUGGAACGCCAUAAUGAAAGCGAGCAGAUGGAUGUGGAUGCAGGGCAGGGUGCAGGCUCUGAAGAAAGCAAACCGCGAGAGAUUAAGGCCUUUUGGGUCCUUUAUAUCGACGUCAUGAUCAUUUCUCUUGCAGGUAACCCAUUCGAUGCCGCAUGGGCCGCUGUCUUGGCAGCUCUGCGUGAUACGAAGAUCCCGAAAGCUUGGUGGGAUAUUGACAACGAGACUAUUCUCUGCUCAGACGAUAUCUCGGAGGCUAGCAAGCUAUCUCUGCGCGGCUUGCCUAUCGCCAGUUCAUUCUGCGUCUUUGAGGCUGAUGCUGCUGCCGGCUGGCGCGCGGUCGUUAUUCCAGAUGCUGAGCAUCAGAAAGCUCAAGACCAGCGGAAGAAGGGCCCCCAGCAGAAAUGGAUUCUCGCGGAUCCGGACGGCUACGAGGAGGGCUUGAGUCAAGAGCGAGCUUGUCUCGUCGUUGACAAGCCGAAGAAUGGAAAGGGAAAGACGGUCAUCAUGAAGAUGGAGAAGCAUGGUGGCUGGGCAGUUGAUACCGAGGACUUCCGCCAGCUGAUUGAUAUCUCGGGCCAAAGGUGGGACGAGAUGAAGCGGAUACUUGAUCAAUGCUAG